CAUUGAUCGAUGCCAUUCUUUAAUCAGUACCCUGGUGUUUUUCAGACUUUCUAUCUGUUUCCACUGCUUACUGUCCUAUGUUGCAGAGAUUCUUCAAAUAAGUGCAUUUCUCGUGCCCGUUUGGGUGCCUGGGGAUGUUCUUGACACAAAAUUCUUUGUAAAAUUUGAAAAAGAUGGUGUUUCCCCAUUCCCAACCUUGUCUCUGUGCAACUUAGGGCACAUCCAUUAAUCCUCAACGCCGAUCCUCCUCCAAGUAGGCCCUGAAGCCCUGCAAGACGAGUUGUCGGGGUUUGGAGGGAAGAUGGAAGAGGGGGUGAUUGUUGAUGAGGAAGGACUAGAUGUUAUUUAUUGGAGAAUUUUGGAAAAUGGAUAUGCCGCCAGAGAGAGUUUGGAAGCACGAGCUUUCAGCAACGGCAGUGAUGAUAGACAACAAGGCCAGGCAUCAUCCCCUGCCUGGCCCAAUGCACAAAACCAGCCGCUGACUUGGCCUCCUCCACCACCAGAACUUGCAGAAAAGAAGAGUCUUCCACCACCCCAACCACCGAAUCCUGGCGGUUUGGUUGAGUCAUUAACAAGUCAAAAUCCAGGAAAUGGAAAACAUGUGAGCUUGGAGCCUUUGCGUUGUGGUAAAGCUGUUGCUAAUGCGAAUCAUUCCAUGACCCGGAACAAAACUGAUGAUGGAUCCUUCAGCUUCAACUUUGACGGUGAUCUUAUGGAAGCACUCUUUGGAUAUGUUGCUACAAACCGAAAAUCACCGAAAGGGGAGAGAAAAACAGGCCCAAUCCCUCAGAUUUUCAUUCUUGAAACACAGAAAUCGCAGGAUAUAGCAAUUGUUCUCAAGUCCCUUAGGAUUACCCGCAGAGAGAUUAUUGACGCGCUGAAUGAAGGAGAAGGCCUUAAUGCAGAAACUCUGGAGAAGCUCUGCAGAGUGGCUCCAACUAGAGAAGAAGAAUCAGAAAUCCUUGGUUUUGCAGGAGACCCAACAAGACUAGCUGAUGCUGAAUCCUUCCUCUUCCAUAUCCUCAAAUCCAUUCCAUCUGCCUUCUCUCGUUUCAAUGCAAUGCUUUUCAGAUCAAACUACACCCCAGAGAUAGGCCAACUUAACGAGUCUUUACUGACACUGGAACAGGCUUGCAAUGAGCUUAGAGGUCAACGACUUCUCAUGAAACUGGCAGAUGCCGUUUUGAAAGCAGGGAACAGAAUGAAUGAGGGCACUUCAAGAGGAGAUGCACAAGCUUUUGGCCUAACAGCUCUCACGAAGCUUUCUGAUGUGAAGAGUAUUGAUGGGAAGACUACAUUGCUUCACUUUGUCGUCCAUGAAGUGGUGAGAGCAGAGGGAAAACGAUGUGUUUCCAACCGUGAUCUCAAUUUAAGUAAAAAUGACAGCCAAACCAGCAGUACUGCAUGUUCGCAUUAUGACAAAGAGAAGGAUUACAUCAUGCUUGGUUUACCUGUAGUUGGCGGCCUAAGCUCUGAGUUCACCAAUGCCAAAAAGGCUGCCAUGAUAGACUGUGAUGCUCUUUCUACAACAUGUUCGAUACUAUCGUCUCAAGCAUCUGAAAUCAGGAAAUUUGUAGCACAAUGUACUGCCGCUGGUGGAGGACGGUUUGCAACAAAAAUGAAAGUUUUUCUAGAUAUUGCUGAACGGGAGAUAAAGGCAGCAAAGGUAGAACAUACAAGAGUCAUGGAGCUUGUGAAGAGGACAGCAGAUUACUAUCAAGCAGGAGCUUCAAACAGUAGAUCAUGGCAGCCACUUCAGCUAUUUGUUAUAACCAUGGAUUUUCUUGGACUGGUUGAUCGUGUUUGUGUUGAGAUUGCAAGCAACCUGCAGAAUAAAAAACUAGAAGGUCCUACUGCUGGAUCAUCAUCAUUAACAGAAGAACCACAGAGGAGAGCGGUCAGGUUUCCCAAAAUCCCAGCUAAUUUCUUGUCACAGCAGGGAAAGAGCAAUCCAUCUGGAUUUAGUAAUUACACGUAAAUAGAUAGGCAGAUUAGAGAAUUGAG